UCGGCAUGCGCAUUGCGGGGCGAUGGUGUUGCGGCGACGGCCGGUUGUGAGCACGCCAUCACCAAGCUCGAUCUCGCAAUCCACCAGCGCUUUGGUGUGUAGAUACACUGCAACGUUCCCCAUCCGCAGCAGCCAAUUCGGCAGAACGGUCAAUCACGCAAUCGGCGCUGCUGUACCCGGUACAGGACUCAUACGAUUAGCAUCUAUUAAUUAUCCGUACUCCCGAGUUGUCUCCGACUACCCAGGUACUUAUACCUGUGUGAUGCCUCACCUUCUUCACCUAGACGACUUGCAUUCCCAUCUGACUCCAGAAAAACAAGAACAGCACGGUUUUCCUGUCCGCUUUGUUCUUCUUUCUGCUGUUAUAUAUUAUUCAUAUACUCUUCGGCUCAAGAGUCACCGUCUGUUUCGAGCUAUUAUCCGAUAAUUAAUUACCCAAAACGGGGACAAUGGCUCCCGGUAUCUUGGUCGACGAGCCCCAAAGCAGCCCCGCGCAGCCACUCAAGCGCAAUGAUGAAGCCCCGCGCCACAUCUUCCCCGACGGCGUGCGGACGUCGGGCCAGCACCCACCGCUCUACGACGCUCUGAAGCCCUACGCUGCCUUCCCCAAGCACAUCACCGGCCCAACCGUGUGGCAGGCCUCCGAGUUCACCUCGAACCCGGAGCGCUGGGUCCACCCCCUCACUCCCACCGAGAUUGAGGAGCUCUCCCAAGCCGCUGACGCCUUCAUCGCCUCGGGCGCCCCGCUCACUGGCAUUUCGAAAGAAAGCUUCGACCUCCCCACCUUUUCCAAGACCCUCAGCGCUCUGCGCGACGACCUGCUCAACGCCAAGGGCUUCGCCCUGCUCAAGAACUUCCCCACCCACCUCUGGUCCCCGGAAAAGACGGCGGUGGCCUACCUCGGCCUGGGCACCCACCUGGGCUACCCGGUCUCCCAGAACGGGCGCGGCCACGUGCUGGGCCACGUCAAGGACGUGGGCGACGACCCGACCCAGAUCCACGCGGUGCGCAUCUACCGCACGGCGGCGCGCCAGUUCUUCCACGCCGACGACUCGGACAUCGUCGGCCUGCUGUGCCUGCACCGCGCCCAGGAGGGGGGCGAGAGCGACAUCGUCAGCGUCCACCGCGUCUGGAACGUCCUGCAGGAGGAGCACCCGGACGUGGCCGAGCUGCUGACCAAGCCCAUCUGGUACUUUGACCGCAAGGGCGAGGUCAGCGACGGCCAGGAGGAGUACAUCCGCCAGCCCGUCGUCUACCUCGAGAACGGCGGCAGGGGCCGGCUGUACUGCAAGUGGGACCCCUACUACGUGCGCAGCCUGGGCCGUUUCGUCGAGCGCGGCCUCGUGCCGCCGCUGAGCGACGAGCAGAAGAGGGCCAUGGACAUCCUCGAGGAGGUGUGCCAGCGCGAGGCCCUGCACAUGAUCCUCGAGGUGGGCGACGUCCAGUUUGUGAGCAACGCGCAUCUGCUGCAUGCCCGGACCGCGUACAAGGACUUUGCUCCCCCAGCACCACGGCGCCAUCUCCUGAGGUUAUGGUUGGCGACUCCAGAGGGCGAGGGCGGAUGGGCUCUCCCCAUGCCGGACAGCCACGAGAAGAAGCGCGGUGGGGUGCAAGUGAACGACACACCGCCGAAGGCGCCGCUGGAUGCGGAGUAGAGAGAGAGAGCAGUGAGCACGAUACGUUGCAUGAACGGGCGUACACUAUAUAAUCUGAACAAAAAAAGGAUAAACGAAGGAACCUGGAACGAUUUUGUGGCAUCACCAUUUUGUUAACGUUAGCGACGACCUUGUUUGGGAUAUUAGCAGUCCAAAUGGAAAGAAAAAUUGACAAUCACAACAACAACAAAAAAAAAAGCCAUAGAUGUUGUCCACUAAUUAUUACUAAAUAGCUUGGUCUCGUAGAACUCUGGGUCUUGGGUGGCAGGCAAGAUUAACCCGAUAUAUUUG